AUGGGUCUACGACAUCAAUUGUUUAUCAUCGCAAAAAUCAACGGGCGGUAUCGAAGUCUCGCCUGUGUGCAUCACCAGUGGUUAUACGGCUUCACGGUCCUCAAGACAUGUCGCAGACUAGUCAAAAUCUUCCAAUGUCCUCAGAACGCCCACUUGCUGAAGCUCGAGCUUGCCCGCGCCAGCGGCUUUCCGCCCAAAGCAUGGGAGGAUGAAGUCGAGUUCGACGAGCCGCCCGAGUUCCCUUUCAUCACGACCUGCUUGUUGACGGGGACUUCCGUUGAUCUCGAGAAUAACUACAUUAGCCAAGCUACCGCAGAACCCUGGAACGUAGCUUUCUAUGCAAUUGACAAUGACGAUGGCAUCACCAUCUUUGAUCUGACCGACCUCAAUUGUAUCUCUCACUGCUUCGUUCACUUUCGGGCCGACAAUUACGAGGACGAUAAACAACAGGCAGGCAUUUUUAUCUCGAAGACCAUGGUGCCAUUAUUCGGCUCAGAAUAUCUCAGUAUUUACUACAAGAAUUCGGAGCAAACCCUUGAAAUGAGACAAGUCGCAGAUUGGAUGAGCGACAUUCCUCUGAUCGACACGACCGUCCUCGAAGACAUCUGGCCAGAAGGAGACUGGUUCUCGAGGAGCAGGAAUAGACUACCUCCCGCCGUCUCGAAUCUUCAAGUCAAUAAUCCGGAGCUCGGACGCAAGACACUUGCCGAGCAGGCUAUGGAAAUGACUAUACAGAAGCUCCUAAGAGAGGAACACGAGCUACAAUAUGAUGUCGAAGACCUCCCUGGUUUUACAUCGCGCCUUCGGUCCUACUUCAAUGUUCAUCCGCAUGCCAUUAAGGAUACGCCUUUCGGAUUCGAACUUCUUCAAACAGCGUAUCGAGACUCAUCUAAUCUCGACCUCCAUGCUUUUCCAUUCUUGACCGGAGAAGAAGUGCUUGUACUUGUACGCAAUGCCUCGAAGAACCUCAGUAUAUUCGACGUCAGCGGUAACAACAACAUGCAUAUCGAGCAUUUUGCCCAAAUUCCGCGAGACAUUCACAUCGAAAAGCUCUACAUGUGGGCCCCAGAUGCUUUAUCUUCUUCUGAGGUCAGACUAGCUUUACAGGGUCAUACUAUUGGUAACGUUUAUGCUUGGGCUGACUUUCGGGCCGCUUUCGUGGCAUACAAAGCAUCGCCCGAUAUACCUCGACCUACACAGGAAACCCAGGAUUCAAGCCAAUCUUCCAAGGAGGCUACCUUCAUUGGCCUCGCUACGAACAUCAUGUGGGUUCUAUCUGACAACAGAAGCGAUGGAACAAGUGCAACUAAAAACCAAACACCGUCGCCGUUACUUCUAUUCCAAGGGUCCACUAAAGUCGAAGGAGCGGUUAUACCAAUCAAGGAUACCUACCUUGACUCAGCCAUGCUGACACACUCACUUGCAAAGUGUAUGUACGCUCUGGCUCUAGUAGACGGAUAUAAAUUAUCUCAGCCUCACGAUGUCAUAUCGGGUGUCCUUGCCUUCGGUUUAGCCCUCAGGAACCCAAAGUCAUCAUACGCCAUAGAGUCUCUACCAGCCGAACUAUACACGCUAGCGCGACUUGCAUAUCAUGGUUACCCGGCGGUUGUAGUACCUCCAUCAAAGACAAACGAGAGGACGAUCGUUAUCGUUCAGGAGCGCAGCAAGGACACCACGUUUCACUUUCGUGUUGCAUGCGUCUCCGUGGAUGAAAAUGGGAUACUCCACUUUCAUGACUUUCCAACGGUGUUGGGUGGGGACGGUAUGCAACAGAAUACAGGAACUUGGACCCACCUGGUCGGAAACAUGAAAGGAGUUGAGGUUGGGCCGUGCGAUGAGGGGACAGUUCAUAACCUGUUCAAAAUCGUGAAGAAUGUGCAUGUCACGAAGGUUAACUAG